AUUCGUUCGAUCUCCGCCAUUUUGUAUCCUGUCUUGUCUACGGAGUUAACCAACCAAGCGUCGAAUGGCGUUUUUGUAAAAGUGUUAGCUCUAAUUCAGUGUUUGUGUGUUUAAGUGCUAUCAAAUUGAAGAAAGAUAAUACUCUUAUAAUAUGGGCAGAGGAAGGGAUCGUAGUCGUGAUAGGCGCCGGAGUCGUAGCCGGAGCCGGAGCCGCAGUCGUAGCCGCAGUCCUCGCUAUGGUCUUGGUUCCGGAGGAGGCGGUGGCGGCGGCGGAUAUGGUGGCGGCGGUGGCGGCGGCGGCCGCCGAAGCAACCCAGGCGCCAGCCUACGUAAACCCAAGUGGGAUUUGAGCAGACUGAAGCCCUUCAAGAAAGAUUUUUAUGUACCUCACCCUGACGUCGAAAGUAGGCCUGAUUCCGAAGUGGAAGCUUGGAGAAGUGAUAAUGAAAUUACCCUGAAAGGGCGUAACAUCCCAAAACCAACGCUAUCCUUCGACGAAGCCGGUUUCCCUGAUUAUGUCAUGGAUGAAAUUGACAAAAUGGGUUUUUCUAAACCAACUCCUAUUCAAGCUCAAGGGUGGCCCAUUGCUCUGAGUGGAAAUGACAUGGUCGGCAUUGCUUCAACUGGAUCUGGGAAGACAUUGUCAUACAUUUUGCCAGCUAUAGUUCACAUCAACAAUCAGCCUAAAUCAAGCCGAGGUGAUGGCCCGAUUGCUUUGGUUUUGGCACCAACAAGAGAACUGGCCCAGCAAAUCCAAGAAGUUUGUGACAAGUUUGCAAAUACAUCUAAAAUUCACAACACCUGUCUAUUUGGUGGUGCACCCAAAGGUCCCCAAGCUAGGGAUUUAGAUUCUGGUGUUGAAAUAGUUAUUGCUACCCCUGGAAGAUUACUUGACUUUCUGGAAAGUGGUAGAACCAACCUGAAAAGGACAACCUAUUUGGUAUUGGAUGAAGCUGACAGAAUGUUGGACAUGGGUUUUGAGCCUCAGAUAAGAAAAAUCAUUGAACAAAUAAGACCAGAUCGUCAAACCCUCAUGUGGUCUGCUACAUGGCCCAGGGAGGUGCAGAGUUUGGCUUCUGAAUUCCUCAAAGAUUACUUGCAAAUUAAUGUAGGAUCAUUGUCACUCGCUGCUAACCACAAUAUUUUGCAAAUCAUUGAUGUUUGUAUGGAAUAUGAAAAAGAGACUAAACUUAGUACUCUUCUGAAAGAAAUUAUGGCAGAAAAAGAGAACAAAACAAUUAUAUUCAUUGAAACAAAACGUCGUGUUGAUGACAUAACGAGAAAAAUGAAAAGAGAUGGUUGGCCUGCAGUUUGUAUUCACGGUGACAAGUCACAACAUGAGCGUGACUGGGUAUUGCAAGAUUUUCGUAGUGGGAAAGCUCCCAUUUUAGUUGCUACAGAUGUAGCUGCUAGAGGUUUAGAUGUGGAUGACGUUAAGUUUGUAAUCAACUUUGACUACCCGAGCAAUUCGGAGGACUAUGUGCAUCGUAUCGGUCGCACAGGACGUACUAACAAAACUGGCACAGCAUACACUUUCUUCACCCCGUCAAACGCCGCGAAGGCCGCUGACCUCGUAUCAGUAUUGAAGGAAGCUAAGCAAGUUGUCAACCCAAAAUUACAAGAACUAGCCGAAAGAGGUGGUGGCGGCAGCAGACGGCACCGCGGGCGUGGCGGCAGGUAUCGCCGCGGCGGACGACGCUCACGAACACGCUCGCGCUCGCGGGACCGUCGCCGCCGCUCGCGAACACGCUCGCGCUCGCGGGACCGGCGCCGGCGCCGCCACAGCUCCUCCCGCUCGUCGCGCAGCAGGUCGUCGCGCUCCUCCAGGAGCCACUCGCGCUCCCGCUCCCGCUCGCGAAGUCGAUCACGCUCAGAAAACGGUUACAAUGGUGACUCACGUCGGCGCAGAAGACGCUAAACUAAAUUAUUGUUGAUGGACUGAAGAACAAAUUGAUAGAAGUUAAAAUUGAAUGUAUGGUAGAAUUCCAUUCCAUGUCGAUAUUUAUGUACUUUGUGAAACUCAAUCAUAUAAUCUUUUUCUUUCCUACAAAAUUAAUAUAAUUGGGUCAAGUACUAAAUAGGCUUCAAUUGUAAAACAUUAGGUUAUUUUGCUUAAUUAUUAUCUCUAAGCCAUUUUUAGUUGUGUAGUUAAUAAUACGAUACCAAUUUAUCUUGCAUUUGGGGUGCAGCAGCUAGAUUUAUACUUUUUCUGAUGAUCAGGAGCUAUUCAAAAAUUUGUAUGCUAAGCCCAUCAGUCCAUUAUGGUUUAAAUAUACCUAGAGGUAUCAAUUUAUUCGUAUUCAUUAUACUUUACCUUAUAAGUACCACUUUUCAUCUUGUGCAUCUAGUUUAGAGAACUUUAUAUAUAAAUGAAUAUUCAAUUACAAGUUUUGUUCAAGCACUGCAAAAGUUAUGUCAUCAUUACGAUCCGACUCUUUAUAUUACUGUUAAAUAAUAGACAUUACAUGGCUUCAAGUGUAUGUUAUGUAGCAAAACUCGGGCAUGUACCUAUUUUAUAAUCUCCAUUUAAAAUAUUGAUUUAAAAGUUGUAAUACAUAGUAUAAUGUUUUUAAUGUAAGUGUAAUAACUAAAAGGUGUCAUUUGAUUUGUUUAACUGUCGAGUUAGCAUUUUUUUCAGUUAGUAUUAUGUACCUAAAUUACUUUGUCAAAACAUUUAAUUAUAAUAUUGUCUAAAAAUAAUCUUGGAGUCGGCAUUACUUUGUAAAUAAUAAUUAGUAUACAAACCAAACUUGGUUUGAUGAUUCAUGCAAUGAAUACUUAGUCUUUGUCGUAUUAUGAAUCUAUAUUUUGUAGUUAUAAUCUCAGUGUAAAAAUG